AUGCCGACAACUCUGCUGCCAGCUUCAGCUGCCGCUUUUGCACCCCGCGCAUCACCCAACGUGGUCCUCAACACCAAGGUAGAUCCAUGGCUCACAGCGACUUUGAAGCGGAUCAACCGCAUCAAGAGACCAUUGAACAGCGCACCCCAGCAUCAGCGAUGCCUCACUGAGACUCUUUCAUCCCAAUCCGCGAUUUGGACUCUGUGCUCGCUCAUGCUACCCAAGGCACCAGAAUCGGAGCUCCGCAAGGAUCCGAAUCCCCUCGUCGAGGGGCUGUUCAACUAUCAAACGGUCCACAUCGAGGCUUACGUGGUGCAUGUCGACAUGGUCUCGCAGAACGAAGUAGCCUUUAAGCUCACACCGGAAACGAUAGAUUCCCUUGUCGAAUACCAUACCGAUAUCUAUUCGGUGGACAUUGCCGCCAACACUUGGAACUGGUCGGAAAAGGCCAUCCAGCUCAAAAGGCUGCAGGAAGAAUUCGUCCAAGCUGUGAACAAGUUUGUUUACUUGGCGCCUGCUAUCGCAUUGGAAGGGCUCGAAGAAGAUGGGGCUGGAGAGCUGCUCUGUGGCAGGAGCGAAGAAGUGAAGAACGCUGUUAUGGCCAUGUUCAUUCCUUUACUCCCGCCGCCCCCAAGGAUCGUUGACGUGGUCCGGCCGGCUCCCAUCCUUCCCAGUUCUCCCGGAGCCGGAAAUUGGUGGCAACAGUCCUCCAUUUCCCCUCCGCACCCGGUGCCUGUAGAGUCCUGGAAAGUCCUCCCUUCGAGCCCGAGUCCGGCUUCCUCGGCCGAUUCGAACCCGGCUAUGUGGGCUAGCAUGGCCAUGACCGAAUCUCAGGUUUCUUCACCACCGGCUGCCUAUAGUCCGCCUUUUAGCACUUCUGGCCAAUACUCAAGUGCUCUUCAGGUCAUCGCACCGAUUCCCCAGCUGCCAUUGCCGAGCGUCCUGAUGCAACAACAAUGCAGCACCAGUGUCGGCUACGGUGGAUUCGCAUGGGACCGAUACCAGGAGUACGCGCUUCCCUAUGCGACCACCAUGUAA